GUACAUGGUAUUCAAGUUUCGAGUACCACCCCUACUUUCUAGUCUCCCUUGAGAGACUAAGGCCGCGUGAGUUCGUCGUACCAAAUGGGCGAAUCUCAUAGCGCAAGGGUGUCCUUGCUCGUUAGAAUCAUACAGCAUGAAAUCAUCAUCAAGUACAAUCAUUAUGAUCAUGUAACGACACUGGUCAUGGAGCCCAUCCCGGAGGUCAACGAGAGUGAAGAGAUGUACGGACUGGUGGACCACUUUUUUGAUGCUUUAAUUAAAUACACGAAAGAAUGCCGGGGCGUUAUAUGGAAUGGGGGGGAAGUAAAGACUCAGCUUUAUCAGACAGACAGCUAACUCCAUUGGCAUUGGAUAGGAGCACAGAUUGACAAUCAUCCGAAGCAUUGAAGGAUAGGAUGGCAGGAGGGAGAUAGGCUCUUCGAGACCUUGCCAACGACCGACGAAGAAGGGUCACCAGAAAGCUUGAUUGCUUUCCCAUUUGUGGACACCCCUUCCGAAGCUUGUCGGCCCAGAGGGAGUUAGCCUUCGCGCUCCCAACUCCAAGUAUCAAUCAAAAACCUCGAAGUGCCUGAGACAUAUAGAAAAACCCGUCAACCGCUCUCUAGGAAGUUGUAGACGCAUGGAAGGAGAUUCAUGAACGAAGUCACCCAAGUAAGCGCCGGGAGCGUUGGGAGAGCGCGGAGGAAUAGGGUUUUUCGUUCAACUCCUUCGGAUCCAAUGAAUUCCGAGAGAACGAUGGAGAUGGAAUUAGCAACUCGGGUAGGUCGGUCGAGCAUCUGUUGUAUCCAUCCGGCAGGCGGGAGAUGAAGGCAGGAAUAUCUACGUAUUAUGGGUGCGGAGGAAUAGGGAUCCCUAUUCCCUAAUACCCGGUGCCCUUUGACUUAUUUUCUCGCUCCUGAGACUGAUGGGUCAACCCAUUAGUCUUGUUAUACCAAUCCGUUGCCUUAGGAAAGGCGAGUCGAUUCAAGAUCGGAGUCAUCUAUCGGUUUGAGAUUCCUUCGCUGUAGAAAGGAGUUCCAUAUAGGCUAUAUCAUAAGCCGCUACUCAAGAGGAUAAUGAAUUCUUUAUUAUUUAUUUAAGCUUCCUAUCCUGCCUACUAAUUCAAUACUAAAAUACUAAAUAGAAGAAUAGAAGAUGAAGGAGAAAGGGAUUAUAAUCCAUUGCACUCUAUCUUACGUAGGGAGCUUCCUUCGUGCUUAUCCUCUUCCCCUAAAGUAAUUUCUUACCUCAGGCCAAGUCCUAAGCUCUGGACUACUAAUGGACUACUAAUAAUAAAAUAGAAGGGUCCUGUGGAUUUAGGUAUUCCUCUCCCCUUUGAACAUAGUGAAACGAAUUCUCUAGGUACGAAGUCACUCGAAGAGGUACGACCAAAGGGAGUCCCUAGAGAUUCGUUGAACUAUGUUCAACUCAUUCGAAGAGGGAGAGGAAUCUCUGUACCUCUAUUUUUAUGUCGAUUCCUCCACACUUCCAUUCCUUGAAGAGGGAAGGCUAACUGCUUGCUGGCUGGGAGCUGUAUGAGCGGUAACGUCCACGUACGGCUCCGUGAGAAGGGAAAUGGCCUUGUUGUACCUCACUCUCGUCUUCAAUGGGGUCUGCUCUUUUUUUUUUGGGGGAGUAUGCCAAUAUGAUCUUAAUGAGGUGCGGGGCUUUGCAUCUGAAAUUCGUUGGGUUCCCGGCGUUUUUGUGCAAUAAACCCCUCCGGCCGAAGACUAGUGGUAGGUGGUCCUGCGGAGCUUUCGGAAAAGGGUAGCCUAGUGUGUAAGCACAGCAAUGAACCGCGGCGAACCCUCAGACGACCUAUCUAAGAUUAGGGGGGGAUCCCUUGAACUAGAUACGUAUCUUUCAGUAGUGGUGACCCACGGACUUAUACAUGUACCGAAUGCUCAUACGGGAAAGUUGACUCCUGGGAGGUUGCUCCGAAGGAAACGAAGAGGUACGAAGUCGCUAGAGAUUCGUUGAACUAUGUUCAACUCAUUACGUAUUACUUGAAAUACGUAUCUAAGGUAUCUAAGUUAUCGACUAAUCAUCUCAAUCCUCUCUUUCUCGUCCAGUCAGGGGGGUGCGGACACACCUGCGCGGAUUACAGGUGACAGUUACAAGAAUGGCGGGGAAGUAAACAGUACCCGACGACAUUCAGGGAUGGAUGUAGACCCAUCGGGCAGGGAUAAUCAUUCCGGUCCUGGGAGAAAAAAGACUGAGCUGAGGG